AUGGAGCCCUCCGACUCUAAAAGGAUCACUCAAUUUGUGAUUGAGCGCCCCCUAGAAAGGGCGUCCUCGUUGGGCACAAGUCCCAACGAUGGACCUAUGAUCCCAGCACCAGCUGUCACUCGUCCGAGAAAAAGGCGGUUUUCGCAGGACUACAUCGUGCCUUCUUCCGUAAAUAGGCCUAUUGUUCGAUACCAGAGCCCUUGGGAUUUCUAUGAGAGAGGAAUGGAGGUUAAGUUGGACAUGUGGCAUUGGAUGACGAAACGCCGGGACGGCACAAAAGGCGUGUUCGCUGUUCGAACUUUUCCACAGGAGGGUUCAGAACUGGUCCUCAAGCGAUGUACAACUUUGGCUCACCCUAACCUUGUUGCUUGUUAUGAAGCUUUUCGAAUGGAGAGCGCGAAAGAAAAUCUCUUCGUCGUGUCUGAGUGCUUGCUAUUUUCUCUGGACCAUGUGGUGGCCUGCGGGGAGAUCCCGAGUGACGGAGAGCUGGCCUCCAUUAUGGGCCAGAUUCUCGAUGCGCUUUCGUACCUUCACUCUCAGUCACUAUCCCACGGCUCUUUGACGUGUUCAAACACGCUUGUGGGGCUUGGCGGCGUGAUCAAAAUUGCCGGUUACUGGGGUUCUAAUAGCGCUCUCGGGACUUCGGGGAACACGGGGGACGUCAACGCAGCCGGGCACAUCAUGAUGCAGUUGAUGCAAGACCACCAAUCCACGGACGGUAACAUACGUGUCGUCGACAGUCAACGGAGUGUGGAAGCUGUGGACUUUCUAGCCGCCAUUGAGUCAGGAUCAUCAGCAAGCGAAUUGCUGAAGCACGAGUAUUUGGCCGUCGGGGAUGGCAAACCUAAAUGGAAUCCCAGUCAAUUGAGCUACCUGCUGAGUGUUACGGCGUACUCGUCUCAAGUCUGCUACAGAAGGCAAAAGAAGCAAAAGAGGCUAUAA